AUGGCACCAAUUGAUAAUCUCAAAGCCAAAGGCUCUGAGGUGAGCAUCCACGCUCGCGCCGCACUUAAUUUUAUCGAUGCCGUCAAUGAAGCCAUCACCUUCCCUUCAGGCAAUCAAUAUACCCGUCUUCACGAUAUCAUGGUCUCGGAUGCGAAAAUCGAAAGUGCACCCUCCUCUUUAAAGGCUGCCCCAGAGCAGAGUCUCAUAAACACUCUUGGGGAGCAAUUAAACACCCUAGAAGGAAUGAAAGGGCUGUUCAAGGACCUCGGCGUGAUGGUGGAGAAAGUUGUUGAUGGUGGGAAAGAAACAGUUAUGUUUGGGCACGCUAUUGGACAGGCGCAUUCCGGCCUUGAAUUCAAGGAUGAUCGUGUGAUAUUGGUGCAGACCACAGAUUCUGAGAAUGAUGUGACUACCUCUGAUGCUCAGGGUAGCGAUGAGACGCGAGCUGGCUUACCAAGAAUCGUCUAUGUGAAGGAGUUCGUGGAUUCUGCGUACCUGAAGAGUUUCUUGGGGACUGUCAUGGGAGGGCCAAAUUGA